GAUGAGAGACGACCAAGGCAGGGCAGGGCUCGGAAGGUGGCAUGGGGUGGAUUUGAGAAUGAGAAGGACUUGAUGGUCAGUGAAAAGUGAUAGCCAAAGGAGGGAGUUGGCGGGGGAGGGGGACAUUGGGGAGGACCUUCUGGUUUCCUGGGACCAGACUCAGGACAAGGGGAGGUCCGGAGAGCCAACGGAGACUGCUGCAGGUGCAGGUCCUGGAGGAUGCUGCGUGGACAAGGGAGCCAGGCCCACGCAAGGCUGUAGGAGGCUCGGGCAGAUGCCUGGGGCUCUGCCAGCACAACGCUAGGCACAGAAGAGGCAAGAAUGACCGGGAAGGGGCGCCUGGUGGGGCCUCAGUCCAUUAAGCCUCUGACUCUUGGUUUUGGCUCAGGUCAUGAUCAUGGGAUUGAGCCCCACAUAGGGCUCCGCGCUCAGUGUGGAGUCCACUUGUCUCUCUCCUUCUGCUCUCCCUCUCUCAAAUAAAUAAGUAAAAUCUUAACAAAACAAAACAAAACAAAACAAUGAUUGGCAGGAAGUGGCCAGGCUGCCCCCAGGCCGCUGCUCCAUCCUUCCCUGGGCUCCGUCUGGCCCUGGUUUCCGCCUGCUCAGGCUUCUGCCCUUUCACUGGCUGUGGGCUUUCACGCCCUCCCUCAGGCCCCCUCCCCUGAGAAGGGGCGGGGAGAAGGGCCAGUCUUCCUUUCCUGGCCAGCCUCUUGAGAGAGCCCGCAGACUGGGGCCCGAGAAGUGCUCUGCAGUGACUCUCUUCACACACCAGCCUGGGCCCGUAGAGCUGCCAGCACCAUGCAGGACGAGGUGGCUCUUCUGGCCACUGUCACCCUCCUGGGAGUCCUGCUGCAAGUCUAUUUCUCCCUGCAGGUGAUCUCCGCGCGCAGAGCCUUCCGCGUGUCUCCGCCGCUCACCACCGGGCCGCCGGAGUUCGAACGCGUCUACCGAGCCCAGGUGAAUUGCAGCGAGUACUUCCCGCUGUUCCUGGCCACGCUCUGGGUCGCCGGCAUCUUCUUUCACGAAGGUACGGCGGCCCUAUGCGGCUUGGUCUACCUUUUCGCACGCCUCCGCUACUUUCAGGGCUACGCGCGCUCGGCGCAGCAAAGCCCCGCCCGCAGGUUGACUCCAUUGUACGCGAGCGCGCGCGCGCUCUGGCUGCUCCUGGCGCUCGCAGCGCUCGGCCUGCUCGUCCACUUUCUCCCCCGCGCGCUGCAGACCGCGCUUCUGGGACGGCUCGGGAAGCUGCUGCCCAGGGCCUGAGAUGGAGGACGCCUGGUCAGCGGAACCGGAGAAGGGCCGGAGCUUCCGGGAGGACAUGGGAGGGGUGCUCGCUCCAUCUCUGUCUCCAAUUAAAGUGUCGAUGGCUGGA